AUGGCUACAGAGAAAGGAUCAAGAUUAAAGAUAAACAAGGCAAACACUGGUGAUGGUGGUACAUAUACCUGUAGAGCCACCAAUGUUCUGGGUUCUACUGAAGCCCUCGCUAAAGUUACAGUUUUGCCGUCAAAACCAAAACCUACAAGAAAAACAACAAGAGAACCAACUACUGAUGUUGUAAGCCAUCCACCAGCAUUUGUAGCAUGUGGACCACAGAAGAAGGGCUACUGUCUCAACUCGGGCGAGUGUCGUGUGAUCGUGUCCAUGAACCUCACCAAGUGCCACUGCAGAGGCACCUAUCGUGGCGCGAGAUGUGAGGAACGCAUCCGACACCUACCAGAUCUGCCCGUUGUGGAUAGAGGAAAGGGCACACAGGCACACGAGAAGGACCGCACAGUAACCAUCAUUGGAAUUGUGAUUGGCAUAUUGAUUUUUGUAUGCAUUUGUAUCGCUUCUUACUUCCUGGCAAAGAGGCGAAGAGAACAGUUCCUGAAACGCCAGGAAGAAAAGAAACGCAAAAACAGCAAGUUAGACAGUCAGGUAUACAUUCCCCCUAGUUACCGCCUCCUUAACUCCAUGGACGAUGUGGACGGAGGAACCGCACCCAAGAUCAAAACCCUGCCACCAACACUGAAGGAUUAUAUACAUAUGGAAACCCAAACAGAUGAGACAAGCUUCAUGCCUGCGAAUCCUAAUGCAAACAUGAGGCUCCACAGCAACCCCCUCAACAGAUUUCCUCAACAUACCGCAACCUCACCGGCAAAUCCACGCAACAGACUCUCGGCAGUAUCUGUUGAUGGGAAACAGCCAAACAGCCGUGCUUCUACAGGAUCUGGGAUCCACCCACUGACUCAUGGUGAUCACAACUCUCCCGAGUCAUCUCUGAGUGCAAGCAUCCCAAAGGAAACCAAGCCUGGAACCUCCCAGGAGGCCAAACUCAAGGCCAUAUUUGAACCUCCUCCCCCCUAUAAUGGGUGUGCUCCCAUUGCCAUACCUGUGUUGCGCAUGGACUCAGCGGGUGGGGCCAGUAGCGAGGAGGAGGACCCCCAGAACACAGAAGCUUUGAUCCCGCUCCACAUCAGUGAGGGCGAGGACGAUCGCUCAUUAAAUAGCCCAAUCUAUGGGAGCUCUGCAUUUCCCCACAAAAAAAAAAUCUUCAAUAGUUUGGGGAAGGCUGCCCCAUCACGACAGGUAGAUACCAAGGCAGAGAUCCCCAUUUAUGUAAAUGCUAAUGGUGUUGGGUCACAAUCCUCUCUGACCUUUAGUGACUCCUCAUCAACAACUGGUAGUGCAGACAGUGAGGUUAGUGCUGUGUAUAACUACCCCAUAUAUGAUUCCCAAACCAAAGACUAUCCCGACAGCAUUUCCUGGAAUGAGCGAGGCUCCCCAGAGCAUGUGAUCGCUGACAAGGAUUGCCCCAUACUGCCUGGUAAAAAGCCUCAAGUAGACUAUGUAGACAAAUCGUACUUGCCUUCCAAGUUGCCGAGGGCAGAUUAUCAUGAUAUCCACCUGGAUAAAAAGAACAAGCUGCGUAAUGUGGUUGUUAGUGAACCAUCUGUGCCAGUCUGAGGGUGAAACCACAUGUUCACACAAACACUGGAUUCAGAGUUGAACCACGAGUUCACCACAGUGCCGAGGACAGAACCAUGUGAUAAUUCAAGUCUGAUGGCAAAAACUACAUGUUUAGCCCAGCUAAAAUCAGAGGGCAGAAACACAUGUUCACCGCAGCACUAGUCGUAGAGCAUAAACCACAUGUUCGCCCCAGGUAUGAAUUUAGGGCAAAUGUUCGCCCAAGCUUAGAUCUGAGGGCAUAAAUUACAUGUUCACCCCAGCUGUGGAUAAAGGGGCAAAAGCGCAUGGUGAUGCUGUGAUGUUACGGUGUCCGCCAGUACUGUAGUAGUAUUAGUUCAGAACACUCAUCACUUAAAAACGUUUUUUCAUAUUGAUUUUGAUCUUGCUUGCAUUUCAAAGAAAAGUUGAUAAAAUAUCAUUUUUUCUUUCUUAUUUCGAACACAUUGUCUGUGUAUUAUCCAAUUAUCUGUCAAGGAGCGAGGUAACUAGAUUUGUUUUUGGGCUGCAUUGAACUUGCUAUGUGAGUAUAGCCUGUGCAAGAAUUAUCUGUACAAUUUAUACUUAAGUGAUCAUUGUACUGUUUAUAUUAUAAUAUGCAGUGAACAAAUUUCUUCCAUUCCAUGCAUUUAUGUGAUUCAGCAUAAAAAAUGUAUCAUUUUCUUACAACACACCUUGUCUAGCAGUCCAGACUGAAAUGCAGGUUUCUUCUUUUAAGUUUUGAUGUUUUAAUUUGCUCCAAUAACCUAUAAAAGGAGUUAUGCAAGCAUUAUAUUAUAUAUAUAACCAGUCAACUUAAAAUGUACAAGAAACUUUGGGAAAAGAAAUAUAAAAUGAAUUCUUUAUAGGUUAAGUUCAGAUUGAUCAGUUAAACAUAACCUUAGAUGUUAAGUGAUACUCCACAUAGAUGUUAUAGUAACACCUAUACUAUAGUCUGGAUGUUAUAGUAACACCUACAGCUAGGAUGUUAUAGUAACACCUAUACUACAGCCUGGAUGUUAUAGUAACACCUACAGCUGGGAUGUUAUAGUAACACCUACAGCUGGGAUGUCAUAGUAACACCUACAGCUGGGAUGUUAUAGUAACACCUAUACUACAGUCUGGAUGUUAUAGUAACACCUACAGCUAGGAUGUUAUAGUAACACCUACAGCCUGGAUGUUAUAGUAACACCUAUACUACAGUCUGGAUGUUAUAGUAACA